CUGACUGACUAGUUUCAGGAAUGACUUGCCCAAGCUGAAAAAAAAGAGGCAUUUUUGAAGACAUUUAAAUCACUGAAACAGUCAGAUGACAUUUCACCAGCUGAUUCUAGACUACUUCUCACCAGACGUAUGUACACUAUACGUAAAACGCCUCCACCUGUGUAAAGAAAGCUGAACUGUGAAGAGAUCUACUUCCGUGAACUGUCCAGCAGGGGGCGCCAGCGUCGCGCUUUGUUCCCCACGGCGCUUUCCCUCAGUAGGGCUAAAGAAACAAGUAUGGCGGUGUCCAGUGUUUUCAGACCGGGUUUAUUCAACAAUAAAGUUGCAAUAGUAACUGGUGGCGGGACCGGUAUCGGCAAAGCUAUCUCUGCGGAGCUGCUGGAGCUGGACUCUCUGUGGCUGACUACUUUGUCUCCAGGAUGCAGCGUGGUGAUCUCCAGUAGAAAGGCAGACAGGUUGGAGGCGGCAGCUCAGGAGAUGAGUCAAAAGAUCCCUGCCUCCAGCCCGGCGAGUGUCACUCCUCUACCAUGUAACAUCCGAAACGAGGAUGAGGUGAAGGAGCUUGUGUCAUCGGUGCUGAAGCGGUACGGCAGGAUAGACUUUCUGGUGAACAAUGGAGGAGGUCAGUUCAGCAGCCCGGCCGAACACAUGUCCUCCAAAGGCUGGAAAGCGGUGAUAGACACUAACCUGACGGGAACGUUCCACUGCUGCCAGCAGGGUGAGAUGCUGACGGCCAACUCUGGCUCACUGCACGGAGGUGUGAUCGUCAACAUCAUUGCUGACAUGUGGAAGGGCUUUCCAGGCAUGGCCCACACAGGGGCAGCGAGGGCCGCAGUGGACAACUUAACGAAGAGUCUGGCCAUCGAGUGGGCGGCCUCGGGGGUCAGAGUGAACUCCGUUGCGCCUGGCACAAUCUUUUCCAAAACUGCGAUGGAGAACUACAAGGAGCUUGGACCAGAUCUUUUCAAGAUGUCGGUUCCGUUUAGCCCCGCAAAGAGGCUGGGAGUACCGGAAGAGAUCUCAUCAGCAGUGUGUUUCCUGCUCUCUCCUGCUGCCUCCUACAUCUCCGGAGACACCCUGAGGGUUGAUGCAGGACAGAGUCUGUACCACUCCAUGUGGGAGAUACCCAACCACAGCGCAUGGCCAGAGGCUCCAGAGGGGGAGAACCUUGACGCUCUGAAGGAGCUGCUCAGCCCACAAAGCAAACUCUAAUUCCCUUUUGUGUCAUAGUCUGAGGCCAGUGCAGACACACACACACACACACGCACGCAUCAUGGACAUUGAGCUGCCUGGUUAUAAGACUGUGUGAUUUAUUCUUGCAGAUCAUGUACAUAAUUGUACAUAAUAAUUACCAACACGAAUGUCUGAAUAGUUUCUUGAAUAAUGAGUUGUAUCGAACUGUUGAAAUGUAUGUAGCAUAUUGUUUCCCAAAAUGAAAAUAAAAAAUC